GGCGUCAGCUGUCAUCUGUGCUGGGGUGAUGACGUGUAGCUGCUAGCUUGACAGACUGUCACCGAGUUCAUUAUUUCUCACAGAGAUUGUCACUGUUGACGCUUUUUAAGUGAACGUGAACAAGAAGAAAACGUACAGUUUUUAAAGACGUGAGGACUGAACAUGAGGAUACUUAACUGAAGUUAGUACGAUGCAGCAGAAUGGAUCCAGUACAUCAAGCCCUUUUUGAGCAGCACUGCACAGGAACGCUGCUCUGCUUCACCAUUCAGAACCAGGCAUCAGAAAGAACCUCAACCUCUCCAGAAACUGUAGAUUGCACUCAGUAAGAGCUGCAGGAGGGAGAAAUAUGUUUGCCAAGCUUAAGAAAAAGAUUGCAGAAGAGGCGGCCACAGCUCCUCGGAGUGGUGUGCGUAUACCACGGACCAUCAGCAAGGAAUCCAUCACUUCAGUGGGCGCAGACUCUGGGGAGGAUUUUGGGUCUGAUGGCAGCAGCUCCAGGGACGACCUGUCAGCUCAGCUCCUCAGAAGAAACCAUCAAAUCAGGAAGCUGGAGGCCAAGCUGUCAGACUACGCAGAGCAGCUACGAAUUAUGCAGAAGACCAAGGAGAAGCUUGAAAUUGCGUUAGAAAAGCAUCAGGAUUCAUCCAUAAAGAAACUUCAGGAGCAGAAUGAGUCUCAUCAGGUCAGCAGAGCUAAAAUGGCUGAGGGAAUGUCUUUAGCUCUGGAGAAAAAAGACCAGGAAUGGAUGGAGAAGAUGUCUGCUUUAGAAAAUUUGCUGAGAAAGGAGGAGUUGCUCAGCCAGCGGGAGCAGGACCUUCAGCAGAAGGAAGCUGAGCUCCAGUCAGCUAAAAGAGGUCUGUCUGAGUCUCGGGGGAAACUCCAGGCUCUGCAGCAGCAGCAGGCGGAGAGCUGCAGACUCAACUCUGAGUUUGAAAUUGAACGAGAAGAACUGUUGCUGCUACGAGAAGAAGGUGAGAAGAAGAACAGUGAGCUGGAGGGACAGUGCCAGGAGCUGCAGUCAGUCAUUCAUCGGGUUUCUGAAGACUUCCAGACGUCCCAGAAUAUGGUGUCAUCUUUAGAGAAGUCCCUGCAGGAGCUACAGGCUGAAAAUGACACCCUGAAGGUGCAACAGCAAAAGGCUGCUGUGACGGAGGAGGACAAGGAGCGCCUGCUAGUGGAACUUCAGAAAAAAGUUUCUUCUUUAGAGAGACGCCUGCAAGGGAACCUGAGCCAGUACGAGCACCUACAGGAGCUGCUGCAGGAGAAAUCCAGUCUGGAGUUCAGUCUGGAAGGAACCAGAGCAGAGUUGUUGGCUGUUCGGACAAACCAUGCUGACACCGUCAGCUCUCUGGAAGCACAGGUGUCUAAACUUAGCUGCAAUAUUUCUGAGCUGCAGACACUUCUCCGACACAAAGACGACUCCUCCAGGGCCUACAGAGAGAGGACCGAUGCACAGAUCGUGAGCUUGGAGCAGCAGCUUCUGGAGAGAAGUGAGAGACUGAGGAGUGCCGAGCAGCAGAUCACAGUGAAACAGCAGCACAUGGAUAAACUGCGAGGAGAGCUGGAUGCUGAAAAAGCCUUUCUGGAUCAGCAGGUGUGUUUGUUGGAGCAGCAGAGUCAGGAGAAGGCCUGCCGACUGGAAGAAAGCAUCACUUCUUUACAGACAGACAAACAGACGCUUCUGUGCAGGCUUGCUGACCUGGAGAAGCAGGUGAUUGAGGUARACUCCAAUUUAAAGCAGCAGACAGAAGAGCUGGAGAGCUGCAAGACGGAGCUGGACAGUCGGCUAACAAUGAGUACUCAAAUCACCAAAUCUCUGGAAGAAACCAGGAAGCAGAAGGAGGAGCUGCAGAAACAGGUUGGAGAGCUGAGUAAAGCUCUGAAAAACUCACAGCAGGAACUGUCCACUGUCAGCAACAAAUUAACGCUGAGGGAGGAGGACGUCAACACGCUGCAGAACGAGUUGCAGAGUAGGCAGGACYCUGUGGGCCGGCUGCAGGAGGAGACUGAGCAGCUGAGAGGUCAGCUGCAGCAGGUGGAGCUCAGCAAAGAGUCCCAGCUGAGGAGCCUGAGAGAGGAGCUGCUGGAUCAGACACAGCAGCUGGACAGCUGCCAGGCACGGAUUUCUUAUCUGGAGGUGGAGGUGGAAACCCUGACCGAACAGCUUCACAGCCCUGAGGUUUGUGAAGAGGGUCAGAACGGCAGCGUGACGGUGGACGACCUGGAUCACGUUCAGAGGGUCAACAGAGAGCUGGAACAGCAGCUCAGUGACAAGAACAGGACCAUCAAGCAGCUGCAGCAGAGACUGGCAGAGUUGAAGAGAACUCUGCAGAAAGAGCUGAAAAUAAAGCCUGAGACAGAAGCUGAAGGGAAGGAAAAGUCACCAGAAAGUCGGGCAGAAAAACAAGAGAGUUUGAAUCCAGACCCCCCUCCAGCAUCUUCACCGAGCCCCCCGACCUCCAACACCACCGUGACCAACACCUCUGACCUCAAUGACUGCAGAGAAAUCAACUUUGAGUAUCUGAAGCAUGUUGUCCUCAAGUUUAUGUCCUCCAGAGAGGCUGAGGCUUACCAACUGAUCCGAGCCGUUUCUGUGCUGCUGAACUUCACUCGUGAGGAAGAGGAAAUGCUGAAGCAGACUCUUGAGUACAAGAUGUCCUGGUUUGGAUCCAAGCCGUCACCUAAGGGCAUCAUCCGACCUUCAAUCUCAGGCCCUCCUACCCACUGGAGCUGAUGGGCAGCACAGAGCGAGCUGUGGCUGGGGGGGGGGGGGGGGGGGGGGGGGGGUGAAGGACCACCUCACAGAGGAGGAGAUUUGAGUCUGGAACAGAAAAUUUACCAGAUUCUCUCUGUGGGAAGAAUGCUGGUUUUCCAUAAUUAUUUAGGGAUUUUACUUUUUAAAGAGAAUGACAGUCCUGUUGAUAAUUAUUAAUAACUGAGACAGGUGUCUCAUUUUA